CACCAGGGAAUGUUCAGGACAUGAAUAUACUGCUCACCAUCCUAUAUGUGAUAUUUGACACUGCUGGAAGCGGGAAGGUUAAGGAAGUAUGGAUCGCUCCUGUGUAAACUGCCUAAAAAUUCUGAUGAUAGUUCUCAACUUUCUGUGUUGGCUCUGUGGCGCGUUUGUGGUCGCCUUUGGCAUAUUCCAGGGAAUGCAUUCCAGGUUCGCCUCUCUCAUCACAACCUUCUGGUCUAUCUAUCCGGCUAACACCCUGGUGGUCACUGGUACCAUUGUCACCUGUGUGUGUUAUUUGGGUGUGCUGGGAGCCAUUAAAGAGAACCGCUGCAUGCUUAUCAGCUUUUUUAUCCUGCUCUUCAUUCUGAUGUUGGUGGAGCUGGCCAUGGCCUGUGUGUUCCUGGUCUACAGCAGAGUGAUUGACACAUACUUUGAGAGCGACCUAAUGCAAAGUUUGCAGGUCUACAAACAAUCCGGUCCAGAGGAAAACCAGAUCAUUAAAGAUGAUUUUGAUUCUGUCCAGCACCUGCCUGGCUGUCUCCUGUUACGGCGGGGUCCCAUGUUACAGCGCGGAUCGUUUCCCCAAGAUGCAGACGGAAUUCCGGAGGCAGUGCGCAGUUUAGGUGUUGUGGAGUUCGUGGGGAGGCAGAUUGGCUGGGUAACGCACCCAUUUCCUGUUGUAGUCAGGAUCCUUGCACCUCAACCCUUCAUGCCAACUGGCAAGAGGGUUGUCUCUAUAAACUCAGGGACUGGUUUGCAGGAAACUACCGUAGCACGGGGGCAGGCGUUGUAACAAUGUUUAUCAUACAGUUCACUUGUCUGUGUUUCACCGUCCCUUUGUUUUGCCACUUCUGUCGAAACGAACUGGGAUACUUGUAAAAGAAGACCCAAUACAAAGAAUGACCGUCUAGAUGACUUCGCCGGUUGUUGAAAUUGUCGACGCAUGUCCAUAAUAGGCAGCACGGUGGCUGAGUAGACAUUGUGUCUGCUGCACAAUAAAUAGAUCUGGGUUCAAAUCUCAAUUGGAGCAUCCCUGUAUGGAGUUUGCAUCUUGCAUUGAUUUUCUUCAGGUACUCGAGCUUCCUCCCAAACACCAAGUUAGAUUAAAUGACGACUCUAAAUAGUCCUUAGGUGUCAAUGAUUGUUUUUCUAGCCCUUCGAUUGCCUGGCGACCAGUCGAUGGUGUGCCCUGCCUUACACCCGAAGUUAGCUUGGAUAGGCUCAAAUUCACCCAUAAGUGACCUUAAUGAGGAUGUGCAGUAUCAAAUAUGCUUGGGUGUCCAUAUUUUCAUAACAAGGGUGUACUCAAACUAGGUGGUUCAUAACGUGCGAGACUUGGGCAAGAUUUUCCCUCACUCCUCUGGCAUUUGUGCCUUGAGUUGUGUCAUCAUUU